AUGACACAUUGGUUUCAUAGAAAUCCUCUGAAACCUUCACUUCAUGUUAAAUUUGAAUUAAAAAAAGUUCUUUCUAAUGAUGGAGCAUCAAAAGUUUGCAGUGAAUUACGUCUUCGUCGUGAUCAACUAUUUGAAAAAUUUACCAAUGCAUCAAAUGAUUAUUUACUUGUUGAGGAAGAUUUUAAAAAAUAUAUGGAAUUUCUUUAUGGAUUUGUCUAUGAAAUUGGUAAAACAGAAGAUGGUAAAUUAAAAGAUAGUAAAUUAAGACACUUAAUUAAAUUUACAUGGGGACAUUCUAUGUUAGGAAUGGAUGGAUAUUGUGUAUCAGAUACAUGGUAUGAAGUAUUAAGUGUUGCAUUUAAUAUGGCAUUAUUUUUAUCAAAACAUGCUGCUUACUUAUCAGCAAAGGAUGAUGUUAAUGAUGUUGAAGGAAAAAAGAUACAUACAUGUUUAAGGAAAGCUGGAGGACUUUUUCAAUUUUGUCAGGAUUUUUCAGAUAAAGUUAUAGGAACAACAGGUUGUGACAUUCAAGGUUGUGAUUUAGAUAUGGAUGUUCUUGAAGUAUAUAAACAACAAUGUAUUGGUGAGGCACAGGAAGUUGUUGUUGGAAGAGCUAUUGAAAUGAAACACAAUGCUGAGAUAAUAUCUUCACUUUGCUAUAAUACAGCAAAUAUAUUUACAAAAUGUGACAAUAUUCUUGAAAAACUGCCAAAACAAAUAUUUGAUCGAUGGAGAUAUUAUUUUAAAAUAAAAAGUGAAAUAUACACAAUUUAUGCUUAUGCAUAUUUAGGAGAAUUACUUUUAUCACAAGAUAAAUGUGGGGAAGCAAUAAAAGCUUGUAAAGAAGGAAUUAUUCAUUACGAUAAAGCUGCCGAUAUUUGUGAUAAAUAUCCUUCAGCUCAGGGUAUUGGUGUUGCAGCUAAAAUUAAAAAUCAUUUAUUUUUUAGAAAAAUGAUUCCUAUUCUUCAACGACAUCUUGAGAAAGCUGAAAGAGAAAAUUUGAUGAUUUAUAAUCAAAAAGUUCCAACUAUAGCUCCAUCUUUAAUUACUAAAACUGAAUUUGGAUUAGCUAAACCUGAAACAUUUUCAAUGCCAUUUAAUUCUGAGAUAUGGAAUGAAAAUAUAUAUAAAGCAUUUGAUAUUACAAAAGCAAGUACACCUGACUUUUCAAAAAUUAGAAAAAGUAGCAAACAACUACCUCUUGUUAAGGAAGUACAGUUAUAUCAAACUGAAAAAGAUCAAAGUAAUAGAUCAGGUUGUGUUAUAUCAUAG